UAUAAAUAAGAUAACAAAUUAUUAGUUAAUAAAACAAACAGAGAACAAGCUCUCUCUCAUUCUAAUAGGAAGUGACACGAUCAGUGUUGUUGGUUGAUACAUUUCCAUUUCAUUUCAUUUCAUUUUCAGUUGAGCUGUUUCGAAGCCUUCCAAUUCCGCGCUAAAUGAGAUCCAGAUCGAGCCAAUAAAGAGAGAGAGAGAGAGAGAGAGAGAGAGAGAGAGAGAGAGAAAGAGAAAGAGAGAGAGAAGAUGAGUGAAGGCCAGAGGUUCCAGUUGGGAACAAUUGGAGCUUUGAGUUUGUCGGUGGUUUCAUCUGUUUCCAUUGUGAUUUGCAACAAGGCGCUUAUAAGCUCGCUCGGUUUCACUUUUGCCACAACUUUGACUAGCUGGCAUCUUCUGGUUACAUUUUGUUCUCUUCACGUGGCAUUAUGGAUGAAAUUGUUUGAGCACAAGCCUUUUGAUCCUAGAGCUGUUAUGGGAUUUGGCAUAUUGAAUGGAAUAUCCAUUGGGCUUUUGAAUCUUAGCUUGGGUUUCAAUUCUGUUGGUUUCUACCAGAUGACGAAACUUGCAAUCAUCCCCUGCACUGUUCUUUUGGAGACCAUAUUCUUCAGAAAGCAAUUCAGUCGGAGUAUCCAGUUUUCACUAGCCAUCCUUCUUGUGGGUGUUGGAAUUGCAACCGUGACUGAUCUUCAGCUUAAUGUUCUGGGUUCUGUCAUGUCGCUACUUGCAGUUAUUACAACUUGUGUCGCUCAGAUUAUGACCAAUACCAUCCAGAAGAAGUUCAAAGUUUCUUCAACUCAACUUCUUUAUCAGUCUUGCCCCUAUCAGGCGAUGACUUUGUUCAUUGUUGGUCCAUUUCUAGAUGGGCUUUUGACCAACCAAAAUGUGUUUGCUUUUAAAUAUACCCCUCAAGUGUUGUUCUUCAUUGUUCUAUCCUGCCUGAUAUCUGUCUCCGUAAACUUCAGUACUUUUCUGGUCAUUGGAAAGACAUCUCCAGUGACCUAUCAGGUCCUUGGACAUCUGAAAACUUGUUUAGUUUUGGCAUUUGGCUAUGUACUACUUCAUGAUCCAUUUAGCUGGCGGAACAUUUUGGGAAUCCUGAUUGCUGUAGUUGGAAUGGUACUUUAUUCAUAUUGUUGCACUCUUGAUAGCCAGCAGAAGGCUAAUGAAGCAGCAACCCAAUUGCCGCAGGUCAAGGAAAGUGAAUCUGAUCCUCUAAUUAGUGUGGAAAAAGGAACAGGAAUCAUAAAUGAAGGUGUUGCAAAAGCUCCUGUAUGGAAUUCAAACAAGGACCUGCAUGCAUGAGACCUUAUUCUGGAUCCUGAUUAAUUCAUUCACCUUAGAUAAAAUCUGAGUCUGUAAAAGUGUUCCAGCGAUGAAGAUGUUGCUGAUUGGCCUUAAAGGGUCAUGCAUGUAUUGCAUAGCAGGAGAUUGGGUAUUCAGAGAUUACAAGUUGAACUAUAGUAGUCCCAGGGACAAGAAAAUGCCAUUUUAUAUAAGCAGUUUUGGUUAAUAGUUUCUGUAUGAAUGAGGCAUGAAAUGGGAAACAUACCAGAAUUUGAUUUGUUAAAGUGUAUACUGUUAUCAAAUACUGAAAAAUUUCAUCAUUGUUAUAA